AUGGGCGGCUACGAAUCGAACAGCACCUCACGAGAGUGGAAGUGCGAGUUGUACACCUUUUCAGUCUACACUGUCUUCAUUGGCUUCAUGUGCAUCGUCGGCUUUAUAGGCAACAUCGUCUCAUUCAUCGUCUUUUACAACGACAAGUUGAAGACAAGUUUCCUCUUUCUUCUGCAAGCUCUUGCCAUCGUCGACACUUUGAUGAUCACUUGCGUUUUUUCAAUUUAUUCAAUUCAAGGUUUUGUGCAAUUUACAGGUUUGUUCAGAGACUCUUAUAACAGGUAUAUGUAUCCGGUCUUCAUGAUCAUCAUAUAUCCUUUCGCUUUCGCUUUUCAAGCACUGACGGUCUGGCUGACUGUUCUGCUGGCUGUCAACAGGUACAUAGCAGUCUGCAUGCCCUACCAAGCUCUGAAGAUCUGCACUGUGAAGAGAGCAAGAAUUUAUUUCGCAAUCGUUUUGUUGCUGGCUCUCAUUUAUACGUUGCCGAAGUUUGUGGAGGGAAAUCUUGAACUUUUGCCUCAGAGGUUCUGUCUCACACGCACUCGCAUCAGUGAUAAUUUUUACUACGAGCUGGUGUACCACAACAUCAUGUACACGGCACUCAUCUUCAUUCUGCCACUCUCAGUCCUCACCUUCCUCAACAUCAGACUCAUGGUCGCAUUCAAGGACGUCAAGCGAAAGCGAAAAAAAAUGCAGAGCUUGAAACAACGCAACGACGACAGCAUCACCCUCGUCCUCAUCGUCGUCGUCAUCGUCUUCACCGUCUGUCAACUUCCGGCGUUUGUCACUCAGAUUUUGUGGACGGUCGUUGAUGAUGACGUGAGAACGUGCGGCGGCUUCCAAUUCUACUUCAGUCCCGUGAGCAAUGCGCUGGUCAUGUGCAAUUCGUCGGUUAAUUUUUUCAUCUACGUAUUUCUCAAUCGGCGAUUCCGUAAAAUUCUGUACCAGACGGCGUGCAUUUAUUUGUGCUGCUGCAAGAGGGAGAAGGUGGAGAUGAUACACAGAGCGAGGAAAGCUUCAGUCCAGAACAGAGUCUUCCUCUUCAGAUUUUUUGGCAACUGAUUAUGAAUUUUGAGUGAUAAAAAUUUGUUGCAACAUUUUCUGAACUAUUACAUUUUAUAUUAGCAACAUUACAAUAGCAUCCUGCCAAAUCAUUUGAUGAAUGUAAAUGUAUAAUUAUUUAGUUUUAUAUGUGAAGCAAGCAACUGACAAUUAUCUCAAAACACGUAAACAACCUAGCAUUGCUGGUAUUAAGUAAAUAUUUGCGAAAUUCAAUCAAUCGAUGACAUAUGCAUUUAUAUUCGGUGCAUGUAUUUAUAUUUAUUUUUGUAUCAUUUAUUCAUAUUGGAUGCAUGGAUUUACAAUAGAUGCAUGAAUUUAUAACAAAUGCAUGCAUUUAUAUUUAUAUUGGAAAACUUGUAUUCAUAUCGGAUAAUACAUAAAUAUUGGAGUGAUCAGAUUCAUACAAUCAUACAGUUAGUUCUGCAUAAUGCAGAAAUUACAAAUAACGUUCGUCAGAGAUGUGUUAUUUUUA